AUGUUCAAACUCCUUUGCAUUUGUUUGCCCCUGUUGGCGAGAGUGGCGGUGGCUGUCCCAGCUACACUCAGUGAAAGAUGUGAUGAUCCGAAUCCAUCACCUUUCGCCGAGCCUGCGGCAGCCACCUCGAGCGGUCCUCUGCCGUUCGACACAGAGACGGGCGAUGUAGAGCACAUCCACCUAGAGCCGUUCGAUGCAGUGCCAGUCGGACCCGAGCCUGUCGACUCAUGGGUCAGCAUCGAGGACGGACACGGCUCGGAGGUGGUGGGACCGUCGCGGAAGAAAAACGUCGUCUACUUUGCCGACUGGAGUAUCUACGACGCAGCUUUUCUGCCUCAGCAGCUCCCGGCAGAGGACAUCACGCACUUGCUGUACGCAUUUGCGGGGAUCGCAGACGAUGGAUCUGUCAUCUCGAUGGAUCCUUGGGCAGACGAGGAGAAGAUGCUCUCCGUUCCUGGAAGAAACGAUUCCCAGGGCCCCGGCGAUGUUCACGGGGCAGUGGAGCAGGUCUUCUUGCUCAAGAAGAGGCAUCGUCAUAUGAAGACGUUGCUGUCCAUCGGCGGCUGGAACAUGUCGCAGUCGGGCAAGUUCGGGCCCGUCCUCAACACAAGCGAGGGCCGAACACGCUUCGCCAAGACGGCGGUCAACCUGCUCGCCAACUGGGGACUCGACGGCAUUGACAUUGACUACGAGUACCCCAUCAACGAGCACGAUGCCCGGACGUUCGUCGACCUGCUGAGGGAGUGUCGAAAGGCCUUGGAUGAGUACGCGAGCCUCCACAGCCAGCGGUAUCACUACCUCCUUACCGCGGCGGUGUCUGCUGCACAGCAGCACUACAAGUGGCUGGACAUGCCCGCGAUCGAUCGAUAUCUCGACGCGUGGCAUCUGAUGGCCUACGACUACGCCGGCAGCUGGGACGACGAGACGGGGGACCAGUCCAACGUCUUCCAUGACGAGGCGAACCCGAGCAGGACCAAGUCCAACUCCGACCAGGCAGUGAACGACUACGUUGCCGCGGGCGUCAACCCCGAGAAGAUCAUCCUCGGCAUCCCCCUCUACGGCCGCUCGUUCCUGAACACGGACGGGCCCGGCAAGCCGUACAAGGGCGUCGGGCGGGGAUCGAUCGAGAAGGGGGUCUGGCUGUACCGCGACCUGCCGCGGCCCGGCGCCGUCGUCGACGUCAACCGAAAGACCAUUGCCGCCUACAGCUACGACAACGCGACCAGGGAGCUCGUCACGUACGACAACAUGGAGACGACGACGCUCAAGGCGGAGUACCUCGUCGACAAGGGCCUCGGCGGCGCCGUCUUCUGGGAGGCGUCGGGCGACCGCCAGGGAGACGAGAGCCUGGUCAGGGCUGUGGCGAGGAAGAUGCGCCACCUCGACAAUUCCAUGAACAUGCUGAGCUAUCCCCAGAGUCACUACAGCAAUAUUCGGAAUGCGACGAGGUGGUGA